AUGGCAUUGUCGCUGGAAGAAUUCAUCCACUCCCUUGACCUCAGGACCCUCCCCAGGGUCCUAGAAGUCCAGUCAGGCUUCUAUUUUGAAGGUUCUAUUUAUGAAAUGUUUGGAAAUGAAUGCUGUUUGUCAACAGGAGAAGUGAUUAAAAUUACUGGCCUCAAAAUUAAGAAGAUCAUAGCUGAAAUUUGUGAGCACAUUGAAGGUUGUGAGGCUCCACAACCAUUUGAACUGCCUAUGAAUUUUCCAGGUCUUUUUAAGAUUGUGGCUGAUAAAACUCCAUACCUCACUAUGGAAGAAAUUACAAGAACCAUCCAUAUUGGACCAAGUAGACUGGGGCAUCCUUGCUUCUAUCAUCAGAAGGAUAUAAAACUAGAGAAUCUCAUCAUAAAGCAAGGUGAGCAAAUCAUGCUCAACUCAGUCGAAGAGAUCAAUGGAGAAAUAAUGGUGAACUGUGGUGUGCUAAGGAAUCAUCAAAAUCACUCAUUUACUUUGCCUUUGUCACAAGAAGGAGAGUUCUAUGAGUGUGAUGAUGAACAUAUUUAUACCCUAAAGGAAAUUGUCCAAUGGAAGAUCCCCAAGAACAGAACACGAACUGUGAAACUUACAGACUUUUCAAAUAAGUGGGACUUAACAAAUCCAUUCCCUAAAGGCUUUUAUGGUGCUGUGAUUCUCAAGCCUGUUUAUGAAAUUCAAGGUGUGAUGAAAUUUAGAAAGGAUAUAGUCCGUAUCCUCCCCAGUUUAGAUGUUGAAGUCAAAGACAUUACAGACAGUUAUGAUUCCAACUGGUUUCUUCAGCUGUUAUCUACACAAGAUCUUUUUGAAAUGACCAGUAAAGAGUUCCCCGUAGUGGCUGAAGUCAUAGAAGCGCCCCAAGGAAAUCAGCUACCCAGAAACGUUUUACAACCUGGGAAAACCAUUGUGAUCCACAAAAAGUGCCAGGCAUCAAGGAUCUUAGCUUCAGAAAUUAGAAGCAAUUUUCCUAAAAGACACUUCUUGAUCCCCCCUAGCUAUAAAGGCAAAUUCAAGCGGCGACCUCGGGAGUUCCCAACCCCCUAUGACCUUGGGAUAGCAAAGAGUGAAAAGGAACCUCUCCACGUGGUGGCCACCAAAGCCUUUCAUUCCCCCCAUGACGAGCUGUCAUCUGUAUCUGCCGGGGACCAGUUCCUAGUGCAACACUCACAGACGACGGAAGUCCUCUGUGAAGGGAUCAAAAAAGUGGUGAACGUUCUGGCUUGUGACAAAAUCCUCAAAAAAUCCUAUGAGGCAGCACUGCUCCCUUUGUACAUGGAAGGAGGUUUUGUAGAAGUGAUUCAUGAUAAGAAGCAGUACCAGAUUUCUGAGCUCUGUGCACAGUUCCACUUGCCCUUCAAUGUGAAGGUUUCUGUGAGAGAUCUUUUCACUGAAGAAGACAUUUUGGCCGCUACACCAGGACUACGGCUGGAGGAAGCUAUCACAGACUCUUAUCUACUCAUAAGUGACUUUGCCAACCCCAAGGAGUGCUGGGAAAUUCCUGCUGGCCGCGUGAAUAUGACUGUUCAGUUAGUUAAUAAUUUGUCUGGGGACCCAGGAUCAUUUCUAGUCAAGACUCUGGUUGAAGAGAUCCCUGAAGAACAGUAUUAUAUGAUGCGGAGAUAUGAAAACUCUUUCUCGUACCCCCCACCUCGCCCUCCCAAACAUCCCUCCGUGGAGGAAACAAAGUUAAGCCUGGUCAACUUAGCAGAAGAAAAGACAGUGGGUCUGCCCAAGUCUCCCAAGAGUCUCCAUGUAGACAGAUCCAAGAAACUGCACUCAAGUCAAGCUGGCCUGGAUUCCAAAGUACCAGUUGGUUGUCAAAGUGAUUUGGCUGAUCUGGAGAAAGAGAAGAGAAAGACUGGGAAAACUGCAGUAGCAGGCACCAGUGCAACCACAGAGGGUUUCAAAGAAGCCAACCAAAAUGAAAGUGUAGCAAAUAAAAGAAACGUGAGAACACUGACAGUGAAACUCAAAUCAAACGAGAAUGGAGCUGUGGAAGAACAGCUCACUGUGAGAAUGUUGGCAAUGCUGCCGUUUGAGAGAGUUGAAGUAUGCAGCCAGAGGAACUUGAAGGCAUAA